CUCUCGAGAAAUGGUUCUAUUUCGAUAGUGCCUGUUAAUUGAAAAGAAAUGUGAGUAAGAUAAGUAAUCGUAGAAGUGAUUAAAAUUAAAUCAAAUAAAAUAAAGAUAUAUAUAUAUAACGCAUACAAAAAAAAAAAUAAUAAUAAUAACGGAGCAAUGGAUCUUUUUCGAAUGGCAAGUUGGUCAAAGAAACCUCGAUUGUGUACUGAUUUAACAUUGGGUUGUUCUCUAAUCGUAUCAGAUAAAAAUAUGUUUUGCUGGGGGAGUUCUAUUCAUGGCGAAUUAGGACUAGGUGGUAUCGAGGAUGAACAUAUUCUUGCUCCUCGUGAAGUCGAUUUCCAGAAAUCCACUGAAGUUACAUACAUUGCAUGUGGCGAAAAUCAUACCAUAGUUAUAACGCAAAAUGGACAAUUAUAUUCUUGUGGAAAUAAUGACUUUGGUCAACUAGGACAUGACCACGGAAGAAAAAGGUUACACUUAAUAUCGGGAUUAGAAGCGUUUGUAUUUAAAAAAGCAGCAUGCGGAGCAUAUCACACGAUAGCAGUCAAUGAAUGGGGACAAUUGUUUAGCUGGGGAUGUAACUCCGAAGGCCAAUUAGGAUUAAAUGUAAUAAAUAUUUCUGAGCAUAUACCACGUAUGGUAAAAACGUUAGGAACAAAUGUAAUAGUGCAAGUAGCCUGCGGAAUAAAACAUGUACUUGCACUUACAAAUAACGGAGAAAUCUAUGCUUGGGGUUCAAACUGUGAAGGACAAUUAGGUUUUGGUUUUGAUACAACAAAGGAGUUGAAACCAAAACUUAUCAGUAGCUUAAUUUCUUUACCUAUUGCAUUCAUUGCAUGUGGUGGUUAUCAUAGUAUAGCUAUAACUAAGUCAGGUGCUGUAUUUGGAUGGGGAAAAAAUUUAUUCGGUCAAUUGGGACUAAAUGAUACGCAAGUUAGACAUGUUCCUUGCCAAUUAAGAACUUUAAGAAAUUCAAAAGUAUGUUAUGCAGCAUGUGGAGAAGAAUUUUCUGUAUUUUUAACAAUGGACGGUGGUGUAUUUACUUGUGGCGCAGGAAUGUAUGGCCAAUUGGGACACGGAAAUCAUAACAAUGAGAUUUUACCUCGCCAAGUUAUGGAAUUGAUGGGCAGUACUGUUACACAAAUAUCAUGCGGUCGAAGACACACAUUGGCAUUUGUACCUUCGCAUAGAAAAAUUUAUGCUUGGGGAUUAGGUGGUGCAGGACAAUUAGGCAAUAGUGUUACGCAAAGUGUUACUACUCCUCAAGUUGUACUCGGACCAUGGAUACCUCCUCCUAGUGGAUCAUCAGCGAUCAAACUCAACACGCAGUUCAGUCCCUGCUUAAUCGAUUGCAUCGUUAAACAUAUAUUUAGUGGAGGAGAUCAUUGUUUUGCUACUGUUGUUGAAAGAGAAGAAAAUAAUAAAUCAGACGACUGUAGAAUAAUAGACGCCACUUCUCAGAUACUUAAUAUAUCUGAAGAACAAUUAGCAGCUUGUCAAAGAGUUCCAACCGGAUCUCCCGUCGAUCAUGAACUUAUGAUGUAUCUAGAAACUGUUUUUAAAAGUCAAUCUUGUAUGAAUGGAUCGUUUUUAUCUAAGAAUGAUGUACAUUAUGGAUGUUCAAGUAAAAAUCAUGGAGUGGACUUUGAGGUAGCGAUUAAAUCCUUUGGGAUUAUUUCGGAGUUGUGUAAUAGUACAAUUCAGGAACUGAUUUUUAAUAGCAUAGUGGACAGUCUUAUACCAUCUUUCUCAUCUUCUCCACCAGAUAUAGAAUCGUUAAGAGUAUAUUUAACAGUGCCUUUGUAUCAUGGUUUCGCUAAUCCUGUACAUUGGAAUGCUUUACAUCAACCAUUUUGCAAAGCCAUUUCAAACUUAAAAAUGGAAGCACUUAAAGUAGUAACUUCAUGGUGGAGUAAAGCUCCGUCUUAUUAUUUUGAAAGACUCGUUCGUACUCACAAGAGCGUCGUUUUACAUAUUAUUAAGCAAUCUAAACAUGACAAGAAUGUUUCGUGGAAUGUACUGGGUAAGCACAUUCUAGAGUUCUUAAAAUUAUUAAAUAAAUUAAAUCAUACCGCUGAAGAUGAAAUUAGGGUGCCUUAUUCCACGUUUCAUUUGCCGGAAUUAAUAGAACAUAUAGAUAUUAAAGCUGAUUAUUUUAAAUGGCUGACAGAAAAAGACAAUUAUUCGAAUAAUAGAAUGUAUUUCUGUGAUUAUCCUUUCCUCUUCGACGCGCAAGCGAAAACUAUAUUAUUAGAAACAGAUCAAGCUAUACAGAUGCAAUCAGCGAUGAAUGAAGCUGCGACUCGUGCUAUCACUCAAAUGCUUUUUCAUCCAUAUCCAGCUAAUGGUGCGGACACUAGACUUCACAAUCAAUUUGUGACAUUAAACGUUUCACGAGAAAAUAUUGUACAAGAUACUUUAUUUGAAUUAUCUCAUUACGAUUCUAGUGAUUUGAAGAAACCGUUAAGAGUAAAAUUUCAUGAAGAGGAAGCAGAAGAUGCGGGAGGAGUUAAGAAAGAAUUUUUUAUGCUUCUUUUGAAAGAAAUCUUAGACCCAAAAUAUGGAAUGUUUAAGGAAUACGAAGAAACUAGAAUUAUUUGGUUCAGUCAAGAUUCAUUUGAAGAUGAAAUUAUGUAUUCUCUAAUUGGUUUGCUAUGCGGACUUGUUAUCUAUAAUUUUAUAAUUAUCGAUUUACCCUUUCCAUUGGCUCUAUAUAAAAAAUUAUUACACGAGCCAGUGGGAUUAAUUGAUAUUAAAGAAAUGUCUCCCGCAAUUGCUAAACAUUUACAAAGCUUACUCGAUUAUGAGGAUCCAGAUUUCGAAGAGGUAUUUUGUUUAAAUUUUGAAAUAGUGAGAGAUGCUUUUGGUGAGACCAAAACGUAUGAAUUAAUACCAGAUGGUGGAAAAGUUCCUGUUACAUUAAAAAAUAAAAAACAAUUCGUCGACUUGUAUGUAGAUUAUAUUCUUAACAAAUCCGUGGAGUCUCAUUAUCAAGCAUUUCAUACAGGUUUUCAUAAAGUGUGCGGUGGUAGGGUAUUAGAACUUUUCCAUAGUCAUGAAUUGAUGGCUGUCGUUGUUGGAAAUGAAAAUUACGAUUGGGAAGAAUUACAAAGAAAUGCGACAUACAAAGAAGGAUACACUGCUAAUGAUCCUACUAUUAUCCUAUUUUGGCAAGUAUUUCAUGAGUUACCUCUAGAAGAAAAGAAGAAAUUUUUACUUUUCCUAACUGGAUGCGACAGAAUACCUAUACAGGGUAUGAAAGCGAUAAAGAUAAUAAUACAACCUAUGAGCGAUGAACGUAUGCUCCCUGUAGCACAUACGUGCUUUAAUGUGCUUGAUCUCCCCCGUUACCAAACUCGCGAAAGAUUACGCUAUAAAUUAUUGCAAGCUAUUCAACAAACUCAAGGCUUUUCGCUGGUGUAAUCGCAUUCGAAAAAUUAUUUUUUUAUUGUAAUAUAUUAUUAUUAUAUAUUUUUUUUUAAAUUCUAAUUAUAUUAUUAUUAUUACUGCUAUUAUGAUUAUUUUUUAAUGGUAUAAAAUAGAAAAUCAUUAUGAUAAUGAUGUAAUUCUUCAUAAUUGAGUGCAUUCAAUUGACACUUGUCAUUUGCUCGUGCAUAAAAUUAAAGCAGAUAGAUCAAUUGCGUCUUGUUGAAUAA